UAAAUUAACAUACAGUAUUCGCCCACUGUGAUAGUCUCCCUUUGCUUACUGUAAACACGGGCUAGAUAACAAUUCUCUUUCACGGUGACACACUGUGCACCAGUAAACGUGGGGGGUGGAUUAGCCAAAUGUCCCCAAGAGUGGGCUUUACAACUGCUGUUUUUUAAGUGCUUUUAGACAGUCAUGUGAUUGUAACGUAACCCGACCGGAAAACACCGACGACCAUCGCCGCCAAUGCUGCGUUUUAGAGGAACAGAGCAGCUGCGAGCCCAACGGACAAGUCCCCGGUAACAAACAACAACACGCCAAACUCCACAAAUCCAAGAGGAGUACUAAAGGUUGAAGAAUGGAGCUGGCCAACCAUGGUCUUAUCCUCCUGCAGCAGCUGAACGCUCAGAGGGAGUUUGGUUUCCUGUGCGACUGCACUGUGGCCAUCGGGGAUGUGUUUUUUAAAGCGCAUAAGGCCGUCCUCGCUGCCUUCUCCAACUACUUCAGAAUGCUGUUUAUUCACCAGGACAGUGACUGUGUCCGACUGAAGCCAGCCGAUAUCCAGCCUGACAUCUUCAGCUACCUCCUGAACCUGAUGUACACAGGGAAACUGGCACCGCAGCUCAUCGAUCCGCUGCGCCUAGAGCAGGGUGUCAAGUUCCUGCAUGCCUACCCCCUGCUGCAGGAGGCCAGUCUGGCCACACAGGCCUCCUUCUCGCACCCUGAGCAAAGCCUCCCGCUGUCCACCUCCCUCUACGGCAUACAGAUCUCCGACCAGCAGGGGGUGCCAUCUGGCAGGCUCUCCACGCGCAGACAGCUGUCCUCGCCCUUCGACGUGGAGCAGUUCACAGAGGGCAAGCGCGGCGGUGUCGAGUCCAAGCCUGCGCAGCCCCUCGCCGAGGCUGAGGCCUCCACCAGCACCAACGCCGGCGCCAGUGCCGGCGUCAUCGUGCCCGUCGCGGACGAGCAGGGCUCGGACACACCCGUCGAAAACCCCAACGCCAACACCAUCCUCCACGUCAAGCCCAGCAUCAUGAAGAGGAAUGCCUCCUUCCGAAAGCACUACUCCUGCCACCUGUGCGGGAGCCGCUUCAACCAGAGGAGUGGCCUGAGAGAGCACCUGCUCCUGCACACCCAGACGCUGCUCCCCGCGGCGGCGCUCCCGGAGGCGGCGGCGGUGUCGCCCCUGCUGAGCGGCCCCGCCCCCGAGGCGGAGGAGGCCCCGCGCAGCGCUGACAUGGCCAGCGACGGCGAGCAGCAGCCGGCCACCGACUCCCCCCGGACGGAGGGCCCGCAGUCGCAGUCGGAGACCCCGCCCCCCUCAGACAUCGCCGACAUCGACAACCUGGAGAGCGCGGACCUGGAGCGUGAGGUCAAGAGGCGCAAGUACGAGUGCUCCACAUGUGGCCGCAAGUUCAUCCAGAAGAGCCACUGGCGCGAGCACAUGUACAUCCACACGGGCAAGCCCUACAAGUGCAGCGCCUGCGGCAAGAGCUUCUGCAGGGCCAACCAGGCGGCCCGCCACGUCUGCCUCAACCAGAGCGCGGAGUCCUACACCAUGGUGGACAAGCAGAGCAUGGAGCUGUGCUCCAACGAAGACAGCAGCCAGAUGGAGGCGCUGUUCCUCACCUCCGGAAGGCCCUACAAAUGCAACGUGUGCGAAAUGACUUUCUCCAGCCCCAACGAGGUUAUCAAACACCUGUGCUUCGCCCAGAACGCCCAGCCGUUCUCUGGGCUGGAUAACCAGACAGCACUUCAGAGCGAUGAGCUUCCGAAAGACGAGGGGUCGGACUCCUCCAAUGCUGGGCCCUUGAUAACAUCUAUUAAAACUGAGGAAAUUUUAGUGGAAUAG